ACUGGAAGCCAGUGCCCAACCUUCUAGGCGUUGCUGAGUCGAUGCUCUUCCCGUAUCUCUCUAGCCCCUUCCAUGCGUCAUCGACGUUGAUCGGGGUCGCGGAAAUACUAAACCAUGAGCUCAAGCUGCUCAACUCAAAUUCACACCCACGCCAUCACACCGACUCCAACCGGCCGCUCCAACUCCAAAGCUCACCAAAACCUCUCCAAGAACGCCAACGAACUUCCCCAUAAAUCGGUCGCAGCCACGUGACACCACAACGAGCUCGCACCGAAGGCGAUCCAGCAGGGCGCGCGCGAGGGACCAUGUCGUCGUUGCCUGAGGACGACGUCGACGCGGGCAGCGGCGGGCCGCCCGUCGCGUCGUGGACCGCGGCCUCUCCGGCAGGCGGCGACGUCGUGCUCUCCGGAGCCGUCCUCCUCUUCCUCGCCCUCGCCUUCGCGUUCGUCGUGUACCACUACCUCACGGUCAGCCGCCGCUGCGGCGGCGGCGGCGGGCGUGACGGCGUGGGGGUGGGGGUGUCGUCGAGCGCCCACCAGCGCGGCACGGUCAGAGGAGGUGAUGCCGCGGUUGUCACUCGAGGCGGCGUCGACACGGCGCUGCUCCGGGCGUUGCCGCUGACGGUGUACAGGGCGAAGGACUGGGGCAGCGAGGCGCUGGAGUGCGCCGUGUGCCUCGCCGAGCUCGCCGACGGCGAGGCGGCCAGGUUCCUGCCCAGGUGCGGGCACGGCUUCCACGCCGAGUGCGUCGACCUGUGGCUGCGCGGCCACCCCACCUGCCCGCUCUGCCGCGUCGACGUCGACAAGACGGGCGCCCCGCCGCCGGCGCCGUCGUCCCUGGCCCUCCCGCCGGCGCUGCCGGAGCCCGCGAACUACCCCACGAAUCUUCCGACUAACGUCCUGUUCUGGGGAUCCCAGGACACGGUGACGACCGCCGCUGCCGCCGCCGGCCCGACGAGCUCUUCCCGUGGACCACCGGCGGCGCUGGUCAUCGAGGUCCGGGACCGGGAGACGGCGCCGACGCCGCGUGAAGGUGACGCGGGGAAGGCGCAGGACCUGGCGAUGCUGAGCUCGCUGAGGAGGCUGUGGAACAGAGGGAGGCAUGAUGCGGCGGCUGCGAGCUCCAGUUCCUGCCGCCAAGGCACUGCAGGUGAUGGCACCGAGCAAGCACCGGCACGGCCGCUGGAUAUUUGGAAUCUUACAUAAGAGAGAUGCAUGUGCGCUCAGAUCACAGUCGACUAGUCGAGUGUGUGUUACAAGAUGAAACGUGUUUUUUAACAGUCAUAUAUAGAGCGGAAUUCGACCUGCCA